AUGGCUAAGCAAAAAAGGUCUAAGAACCAGGUUAGACGUGAGAAAGCCAAACUAAGAAAAGUCGAGGGUAGUACAAGAGAUACUACCCAAAUACCUUCAGAAAAAGCACCUUCAGCUGAAAAGCAUUCUGAAUCUAAAGGAACUACUCUUCCAGAAGGGAUUGAAAUAGAAACAGAUCCAUUAUUUAUCCAAUUUCAAGACAUUUUUAAUAAGUUUCAAGGAAAGAACGAUAGUAUCCAAUCAAAUCCAACGACUGAAAGAGGUGAACUAAAUGAAAGUGAUGAUAAUAAUGCAGAAGAUGAGCCUAAUGAAUCUGAUAGUGAAGAGGAAGAAGAGCCUCUUUCCAAUAGACAAUUAAGAAAGAGAAAUAGAAUACCGUUAGCUACUUUAAAAGCAUCUACUGCAAGGCCACAGGUGGUGGAAUGGUAUGAUGUAGAUGCUCAUGAUCCGUAUAUACUUGUGAAUAUCAAGUCACAGCCUAAUGUUGUUCAAGUUCCAGGACACUGGUCUUCCAAACGAGAAUAUUUAUCUUCGAGAAGGGGUGUUGAAAAGCAACCGUUCCAGCUACCAAAGUUCAUUCGAGAUACUGGAAUUCAAGACAUGAGAAAUAAUGAUGAUCUGACAUUAAAGCAGCAACAAAGAGAGCGAGUUCAGCCUAAAAUGGGCAAAUUAGAUAUUGAUUAUCAAAAGCUACAUGAUGCAUUCUUUAAAUUUCAGUCGAAGCCAAGAUUGUUUGGAUAUGGAGACAUAUAUUUUGAAGGUAGAGAAACAACAGAUGAAUAUGCUGAUGAGAUAGCAAAAAUCAAACCUGGAGUUGUGUCAAAUACAUUAAGGCAUGCAUUGGGAAUGCAAGAAAAUUCGUUUUCGGUUCCUCCUCCUUGGCUUGAUAUAAUGCUUAAUAUUGGAAAGCCACCUGCCUAUGAAAAUUUAUUGAUCCCUGGUCUAGAUAUGGAAUACUCAAAUGAUGGAUACAAACCUGCAAAUUUUGAGAAUGAAUUUGACAUGCUGUAUAAAGAAGAUGAUGAAGGAAAGUCUUAUUGGGGCAAGCUUGAAAAUGUGGUUGAAUCGUCCGACGAGGAUGAUGAAGAUGAUGAAGGUGAAAGAAGCGACGAAGAAGCUGACGAAAAUGAAGAGAUACGAUACACCAAUGACGAAGAGAAUAUAGAUUAUGAUUCUGGGCCAGCGAAGGUUGCAAUUUCAGAAUUUGGUGGUAUUAAAUCCAGAAAAGAAGAAAAUGUUGAACCUGAAUCUAACGGACCGAAGCAAUUGUAUACGGUUAUCAAGGAAAAUAAGCAGAAUACGGGGAACGAAUUGCUAGGAACAGAAUUUGGUUAUGAUAUACAGAAUGGCUCUAAGCAAGGAGAUGGAAAAACUGAAAACAAUAAAAAGGAAUCUACACAACCGGAUGACAUGGCAUCUGAUAGCAAGAACUUUAAAUUCUAA